UAAAUAACCACCUUACAACUCCAUUUUAGAAAAAUAGCAAAAUUUUUUUUUUUUUAAAAACUAGCCACAUUGGGACAAAAAUACCCUUGAUAAAAUUGAAAAUUACACAAAAGCUUUCCUUUCUUCUACACAGCCGUUCGUUCGUGGGGGUGGAGUUUAUACAAAACUGUUCAUGGGGUUUCUCUAAACUCUUUGCAUCUCAUGGCCUCUCACUUUCAUUUUUUUGUAUUUUCUCAGAUCUCAAACUAAAAUCAGUCAAAUGGAAGAUGAUGACAUUGUAAUUGCGGUUUUAUACAAUGGAACAUUGGUACAAAAUGAUAGUGGUGAUUGGGAAUAUCGAAAUGGUAAAAAUGUAAUGGUUUCCGUCGGCAAGAGAUGCACAAAAUCAGAGUUAGAGGAUGAGAUUUUCAAUUCUAUUGAGAUAAAUCGAAAUGAAUAUUUGCUAAAGCUAAAAUGGAUAUAUGGACGAUGUGCAGAAAAGUUGGAUCCUACAGAAAUACGAUGUGAUAGGGAUGUGAAAUGCUUUCUUCAAGAAGUGAGGAAUGGAGGGAUGACAAUGAUGCGGCCUCCAUUGUAUGUUGAGGUGAUUUCAAAAGUUGAACAUGUAUGUAGAAAUGUUCAUCAAACAGCAUUUGCUUCGGAUAGUGGGAGUAAUCUUCAUUCUUUUUCUUGUCCUCCAAUUGGCGGUCGUCUACCACAAGCUUCCGGUACUGAACCAAUUCAGGCUACAUCUCAGGAAAUUAUGGUUCAAGAAACUCAGUUUAGAGAUCAAGUUGAUGUUCGUGGGGGGGCCUGGACAUCAUUUAACAUUCACGAAGGAGUUGAUGUUGGAGGUGACUAUGCUGAACGGUUUCCUAACGACGAGGAGUAUGAGUAGUUGCAUCAUAUUGAUCAUGAUGAGAAUUACAAUGCAGCAGGGGAUGAUGUUGGUCAUAAUGAUGUAGAUUUUGAUCAUGAGUUGCUGGAUAAUGAUAAUGAUAUGCAUCCUGAAAUGAACAAUGAAGGAGUUGAUGAUGUUAGGGUUCAUCGUGCUACAAGUGACCACAUAUCAUCGAGCAACAGAAGUGGUUCUAUGGCCAUAUUUUCGUCAAAGUUCACUGGCUGUGAGAGCAUAGUAGUUGGACAAUUAUUUCGCAACAAACGUGACCUACAGAAUAUAUCCUUUGGCUUUCGGCAUUAGAGAUGGAGAGAACGAGCAAGCAUAUACAUGGUUUUUCCAAAACCUGAAGGAUGCCAUCGGAGAUUUUCCAGAUUUGGUGUUUGUGAGUGAUAGACACCCCGCUAUUGAAAGGGCAUUACGCAAAGUUUUUCCCAAUGCAUACCAUGCGUUGUGCACGUACCAUAUAAGCAGAAAUAUUAAAGCAAAUGGACAUGCGAAAGAUGAAUCAAUAAUACAAUGUUUCAUGCUCGCAGCUAGUGCAUAUUUGGUUGAAGAUUUUGAGUUUUAUAUGGGGCAAAUUGAGGCAAAAAACAGUAGAGCUGCCCAGUACAUUCGAUCAUGUGACCCUACAAGGUGGGCACGUUCUCUUUGUCCAUAUAGAAGGUACACUAUCAUGACCACCAAUAUUGCAGAAAGCUUGAAUGGCAUUCUGCUAGAUGCUAGAGAGAUGCCAAUAGUAGCAUUAAUAGAGCAUAUACGGGAUUUACUGCAAAGGUGGUUUUAUGAGCGACGUACUGCAGGUGCAAAAUUGACAAAGCCUCUGACUGACCAUAUGGAAGAGCAACUCAAACUACGAAAUUUGGAGUCCAUCGGACUACGUGUGAAAGCCAUUAAUAUGCAUGAAUUUCUUGUGGAAGGUGGGAGUUUGAGGGGUACAGUUAAUCUCCAAUCAAAAACAUGCUCAUGCAAAGUCUUCGAUCUUGAUCAAUAUCCUUGUGAUCAUUGUAUUGCCGCUUGCAGAGACCGAAAAAUUGCUCCUUAUGGCAUGUGUUCUCACUACUACACCGCGGAUGCAUAUCGUGCAGCUUAUGCUGAGUCCAUUUAUCCUUUGUUAGAUGAAAAACAGUGGCAUGUCCCGGAUGACGUGGCAAGUCGCAUUGUUCUUCCACCAAGAUGGACACGUAGGCGAGCCGGUAGACCAAGGAUGCAACGCAUACCAUCCGAAGGUGAAGAUGUUAUUGGACGUAGAUGUAGCCGAUGCGGUGGUGUUGGACAUUAUAGGCAGAGAUGUACGAAUCCAUUGUCUUAUGCUUCGAAUUAGAAAGUUUUAAUUUAGUGUUAUGGUUUAAUAUGUUUUGAUAAUUAUUUCAUAUCUUUUUUUUUUUUUUUGAAUUUAAUCCUAAAUGAAAAGAUGCUUUCUGGAAUUGAUUUUCAAUCUUUAGUUUACAUAUCAUUUUAUGAAAUGUCCAAAUGAUUUUGAAAAUAAAAACAAACAUAUAUCAAUUUUAUUUUUAUUUAAAAUGGUUAUUGAUUUUAAAUGUCACUACAUUUUUUGUUAAUUCCAUCUUCAUCUUAUAUAAUAUUUGUCUCCACUCCCAAUUUUUUUUACCCUACUAUUAACUUAUAUAAUCUAUUAGAAAUUGAUUUUCCAAGUGGAGGAAAUUAGUUUCUAAUAGGAGUAAAAAUUAUUCAACGAUUUCCG